UGUCGGGCUGUGCGCUGAACCGACCGCGCGUCGCAUACGAAGCGAGCCAUGUCCACGAACGGAUCGGCGGCUACCGAGCCGCGGCUGUGCCACGUGAGGAAAUCGCCUAAUUUCGAUGGUUACGGGUUCAAUUUACACGCGGAAAAGGGCAAACCGGGCCAGUACAUCGGCAAGGUCGACGAAGGAUCUCCGGCGGAGGCGGCGGGGCUGCAGCGCGGAGAUCGCAUCCUUGAAGUGAACGGAAACAGCAUCGUCGGCGAAACACACAAACAAGUAGUGGCGCGGAUCAAGGAGCGGCCGGAGGAUGCGGAGCUGCUGGUGGCGGCGCCGGCGCCCGGGGACCCGCUGCCCGACCUGGACGCGCCCGCGACCGCCCCCUCCCCCGCCGCCGACCGCUCCCCCGCCGCCGCGCGCCCCCACCAGCGCCAGGACAGCCCUCCGCCGGCGGACCCGCCGCGGCUCAACCUGCAAAUGACCGCGGCGGAGAUGCGAGCUCAUCUCGCCGCUAAAAAGAAAGUCGACCCCAAGAAAGUACCGAUGGACUUGAAGUCCAAAUUUGACAUCGUUAAAAAACUGUGAUCCGGGAGUGAGGCGCGCCGUGUACUGUGUCGUCCGUGGUUGUUGUUGUGGUCGCGUCGCGUGCAGUGCUCUGUGCGGUUCGGGCCAGAAUCGUGUGGUCCUCUAGGUUUACGGCGACGUCGCAGGUCGGCGGCGCGUCGUCGUUGACAGUGCGACGUACAGGU